AUGGGGGGGAAGCGGAAGAGCACCGACGAUCCGAAGCAAAGAAGUAUCGCAUCUUUCUUCGCGAAGCGCCCGCGCAAUGAGGCCUCGCACGACACCAAUGACGACCCAAAACCGGUAGUAGCGUCCAGCUUCGUGCAGACGGCGCAUGCAGAAACCCGAGCAUUUCCCGUGGCUACGAGCCCCCUGAGCGAUACCGAGACAUCUGGCGUGGCUACAGUCAAGUCCGAAGAGGAAGAGGAAGAGAAGGAUGAAUAUGAGCAUGAAGUCAGCACCAAGGGGGCGGCGGUACAGCCAUUCAAAGAACGGUGCACGUGGGUCUGCCCUUACAAGGCAAGCAAGCAGUGUAGCCACUCGCCAGGGUACUUCCCAACCCUUAGGGGGGUCUCACAACAUGUCAGAUUAGCGCAUCCAGAUAUUGGGCUAGUAACGCCCUACGAGGUCGACCCCACCGCGGAUGGCACACGGAAGAUACCAUGUCACAAGGGUUGUGGCGAAAUGUUUGUCACUCACCAGAAAGCAGUGCAACAUGCGAAGUUGCCAGAAUGCACUGCAACCCCAGGGAAGAGUUUUCCUUGCCCCUGGAAAACGCACAUCGGAUGCGACAAGGAGUUCGACUCAUCUACAGGCUUAGCAAACCACUCGCGUCGCCACGCAAAAGAUACUCGCAGCCCGUACCAAUGUAAAAACGAUGAAUGCGGUAUAUUUCAUGCCGACCUCUACGACCUAGCUAUGCACGAGGAACGAUGCAAGAAAGGCCCACUAUCUAAUCGCGAAACCUCAUACCGCUUCUCGUUAACCGCUGACGCUGCCAAUGGCGCCCCUCCAAGUGUCAUCAUCAUCAACCGAUCUUCCAAGGCUCCGCCGCAGUGCUGGAAAGACGGUACAACCUCAAUCAAAGAAGGGCUCCCGCAGCUUGGAAGAAAGUACCUUGCACACUAUGCCUCGUGGCGGAGUAGCUAUUCUGGUGGAUCUGCAGUACUGCACAGUUGCUACGAGGCUGUUACGCGAUACAUUCCAGCGCCUGCGUUUGACAACAGCUUUCUCGGAGAGACACCCAGGCAAAAGGUCUUGCUCCACAGGGCCUUUAGGUUCACACAAGCUAUCGUCCACGACAUUGAAGCGGCCAAUCAAGCUGGGAUUAAGCCUACUAUAAUCUCAGUCGGCGCCGAUGGUUGGUUCUGUAGCCAGAAAGCUAUUCUUCCGUGGCUACAAGCUACUAGAUUGAGCUUCGACUUUGUCGUACGACUCAGCUGCCUGCCUUUAGGCAUAAGCGCCCAGCACGCCGAUCUUCACUACAAAGUAUGGUGGAUUUUGUACGACGUGAAGCAUAUUCGCAUAGCUCUUGAGUCUGGGCCUGGUCAAGAUCAAAAUGAGAAAGCUGACGAGCUGAUUGCGGCCUGGAAGAUGCUACAGGAUAGCAAAGACACCUCCUUCGGUAGGAAGUACGGCCGAAAUUACGUUGAUCCGGACCUCAAAUUCCCGCUCAUCGAAUGA